GCCGGGCGGCGGCCUGAGGUGGCCGGGGUCGCCAUGAACGCCUCGGUGGUGAAGCGCACGCAGGAGGCCCUGGGGAAGGUGAUCAAGAAGCCGCCGCUGACGGAGAAGCUGCUGAGCAAGCCCCCGUUCCGCUACCUGCACGACAUCAUCACGGAGGUGCGGGCCCAGGCCGGGAGGGCAGGGGAGGCCCCGGGGCUGGGGGGAGGGGUCCCUCUGGGAGCUUCGGUGGAGGGGGGGGGACGCGGCACCGCGGGGCCCUCCCGCGUCGGGGAGCUCCCUCCGCUGUGCAGAUCGCCGCUCACGCCCUCGGCGAGCUCGGGCGGCCCCUGGAGAGGGAAGGGACCCCUGCCCGCGCUGAGCACGCGGCGCCGGCAUCUACUCUUGGCCGCCGAGCUGUCACCCUGCCCAGGUGACCUUGCAGCCUCCGCCGAUGGGCGGCUCACCACCUCCCGCUGCACUAAGCGAAGCGUGGCUUCUGGGAGGGGGGAGGCCAGUGAGUACGAAGCACCUACUAUGGGCAGGCACUGCCUAAGCGCCCGGGACAGGGAAGAGACAGCUCGCUUCUGGGAGGCUGAGAAGGAGGAGGAGGAGAGGCCCGAGGUGAGCGUGGAAGAAGGGGAGCCUGGGCAGAGCCCCGGCUGCGAUGUGCUGGAGUCAGCCAGCCCCGGAAGAGCCCCACACUGGCGGCCAUGCCCCAGCAUCUCAGCAUCCUGGCUCUGCGGCCUUGGGGGAGUCAUAUCAUCAGCGUCUGUGCCCGAGCUGUCAAGCGAUGAUGCUGUGAAAAGAGUUCUUGCUGGAGAGAAGGGGGAUUCAAAGGGAAAAUCUCCACUCACCUUGAAAGCCCAAGAGCUGGAUAAUAAGGACUUUAAGGAAGAAGAACCACGGAUUCAUAAAGAGAAAGAGGAUAGAAGGAACUCUGCAAUCAAAGACAGAAGCACAAGCCGAGAACGCAAACAAAGAGAAGAGUCUAAAGAUGAAGAAAGCAAGCAAAGAGAAAAGGACAGAGACAGAGAACGAGAGAAGAGCAAAGACAAUGACCGGGAGAGGCACAAAGAUCCCGACCGGGACAAAGUGAGAGACGGGGAGAGAGACAGAAAUAAGAACAGAGCCAAGCAGGAACGAGAGAGAGAGAAAAGCAGAGACAAAGACAGAGGCAACAAAGACCGAGAGUUAGAACGAGACAAGGGCAAGGACAGGAAGAAUGAUGGAGUGAAAGAAAAGGAGCGCUUGAAAGAAAGGGACAGAGAGAGAGAAAGAGAUCGAGACAAGGGGAAAGAAAAGGACAGGGAAAAACGGAGAGAGAGGGUGAAAGAUGGGGAGAAUUCAAGGGAACACGAAAAGGAAAAAGUCAAGGAGCAGGAAAAACCAGAGAAAAAGGCUGCAAGCACAGUGGAGAACUUGUCAAAAAAAUUCUCAGAGUCGUCUAUGAAAGAUACCAGAGUGGAAAUGGACAAAGAGCUUGACCUUGCCAAUCGAGUAUCUCGGUCAUUGACAGCGAAAGGAUCAAGAUGGAGAUCCAAAAAUCCAGCAGAAGGAAGAAGGGAGGAUAAUACUGGCUCAGCUAAGACUAUUUCAGACCCACCAAUGGCUGGGCUGGUUAAGGAGCUGGAGCAGCAAACGGCAUCACCCGAGAUAGGAAGAAAGGAAGCUCAUAAUAAUUCAGCUAGUGUUUCAGACGGCAGCCCAGCUAGUGUGUGGCAUGAAAACGCUGAGCCCGAGCCGACAGCCAAGCUCAAAGGUGACUCCACUAGUGAUGCAGAAAGAGAAGUUGGAAUGGUUACUCAGGAGAAGCCGGUGAUAUCAGAAAAUACUGAAAUGCCCAAUGAACUUGCAGCUGGCAUCCCUCAGAGAAGAAUGCCUCGGCCUGGCAGUGCCCGGCCAGCCCCACCUCGAAUCAAGCGACAAGAAAGUGCUGAAGUCUUGGUUCCAGAGAGGUCGGGCAGUGGCAAGAUGGUCUCCAACGUGAUUAUUGACUCUCAGAAUUCGGACGACGAAGAGGACAGCCAGUUUGUGGUGGAGGCCGCCCCCCAGCUCUCCGACAUGCCAGAAAUGGACACGGCCCCCGCAGUCGAAUUAGAAGAAGACGAGAAGCACGGUGGACUCGUAAAAAAAAUCUUAGAGACUAAGAAAGAUUAUGAAAAGCUUCAACAGUCCCCCGAGUCUACAGAGAAGGACAGACCGCUUCUGUCGGAAGCAGCCUGGAAGAAGGAGAAGGAUAUCGUGUCCAAGGAGAUUGAGAAGCUGCGGAUGUCGAUUCAGACGCUGUGUCGGAGCGCCCUCCCCCUGGGCAAGAUCAUGGACUACGUCCAGGAAGACAUGGACACCAUGCAGAAUGAGCUGCAGCUGUGGCACGCGGAGAACAAGCAGCAUGCCGAGGCCCUGCAGAAGGAGCAGAGCAUCACAGACGGCGCAGUGGAGCCACUCAAGGCAGAGCUGGUCGAGCUGGAACAGCUGAUCAAGGACCAGCAGGACAAGAUUUGUGCGGUGAAGGCCAACAUCCUGAGGAAUGAGGAGAAGAUCCAGAAGAUGGUCUAUAGCAUCAAUGUCAGCUCACGACGGUGAAGGCCUGAAGGUGACUUGGAGCCCCACCUAUUUUGAAAUAAAAGGGAAAGGUGUGUGUAUGAUAGAAAGCUGUGUCCUUCAACCUCACAGUUUGCUAAGAAAACCAUGUCAUCAGCCCACCGUGUGACUGAGCUUUUGAUGUGUCGCAAGUGUGACGCCCUGGGCGUUGGGCUGUGAGCAUUUGCUAGUGACAACCAGUCCCGUUUCAACACCCCCGCAAGCUUCCCCUGCUUGCACACAGCUUGGCCAGUUCCUCUGGGGAGUUAUGGAAAGUACACGUUAUUGCUCCAAAUGACUAAGUCAUUCCUUUCUUCUCAUCAUCUGAGACAGGUCCCAAAUUCAAAAAUCGUUUGUGCCCUAUGAGUCUUAGGGGAUCGUUAUAGGUCAAGCACAGAGAAGUCUGAUGCUAGGGUAAAUGAAUAUUUAUAUGAUAGUCACUUUAUAAGUAGAACAAAAAGGCCUUUAAAACACUGAAAGUGAAUUUCUGUUUGUGUCUGCAUGUGAAAAGGGUUAAUAUAAGUGCACAUGUUCUUUUAAAUACUUGUCUGUCUUCAUGCUUCUUACCAAAUUCUAGCUCAGAUAUUCCUCUGUACUAUUUUCCUGUUGGUUCCUUGCAUGUCUUAAAAGUUAAUGAUUUUUUUCAAAUUUCACAUUUUUCUGAGUGUCAUAUUCCUAAUAUGAAAUUGUCUAAGUUCACGCUCUUCUCUCCCACACGUAUGCAUCGCCAUUUGCCAGGCUUGACAGAAAUGCAACUCUUUGUAAGGCAGCCAUCCCCAUCCUCUGAGUUCAGGAAAGGACUCAGUCUUACCUGGCCUGAGUGGUGUUCUGGUGCCUUUGCUUUUCUUUGUAGGAGAAUUGUUUGCAAAAUGCAAAAGAGAGGCUUUGUAAUGACUGCAAAGAGAAGACCAGAGUGGACACAUUUAUUAUUAAGUACUGCUAUGUUACCAUUUUCGGGAAACUUUCUUUUUUAAAAGCCUAUCUUUUUAUAUUAUUUAUAUGAAGUUUUGCAUUUACUUAUGACAUUGGAGAAACUUACAGAAGUCUCUAAGUUACUGGAUAAAGGAUUUCGCUGUAUUUGGAGACACUUUACUGCUUUCAAUUCUGUCUCCUGCUAGUUACAUUUCUGAAUUUCUGACUGCUGAGGUUAUUAUGUAUGUGCACUGAGGACAGCCCUGUUCACCAUUACCAUUGUCUAAUCCACAGCUGACUUCCUUAGGAAUGACUCCGGGUGGCACUGGCAGAUGGGCCGUAUACUAAAGCUGUUACAUGGCAGUGUGGGUGGAAGAGCUCAAGGGAGCUAACCCUUCCCUGGCCUGUUCCCUCCUGCAUGCUCCCCAGGUGUUCACAUCUGCUCAUGGCCUCUUCUGCGCUGGAUGGCAUGACACUAAAAUGACAAUCCCUGUCAUGCUUUGGGACAAGAUAUCUUUUAUGCCUUUUAUGAAUCUGUAAAUAUGACCAGAAUUUCUGUGUAGAAAGAGUGGCAGAUAUACUGUAUGUGCAUAAAAUUUGUACAAAGUAGGGUCUCAAAAAUUGUAUCAUAAAAUUUAUUUUUCUUUUAUAUAUAAUUCAUUAAAAAACAAUCACCUAUUUUUUCUAUGAAGUGUAUGAGUGGUACAGUUCAGUUCACACCUGGAAACAUUAUUUAUAAGCAUUUGAAUUAUCUUUUUGGAAAUUUGUGUGUUUUAUUUUGUUCUUGUAUGAAAAGUUCAGAGAAAUUAUUUUUCACAUUGAUACAACGACAUUUCCCUUCUCUGCAUUCAAUGAAGUUUCCUCUAAGAUGGACAAGCAUUUCUCAGACGUUCUAAGAUCAUUAAUAAUGUUCUUGGGUAUCGGUUCAGAUGAUUAUUUUCUGCCUCUUUUUGAUGCUGAUUAAGUCCUUGUCUUGUUUAGUAUUUUGAAAAGACACAGAUGAGAUCACCUAAAUGCUUUCCCCAGUUAGAAACUUUGGUCUAUAAUUUUUCAAUGAAUUCUGAAAUCACACCAUACAGGGAUUUGAUGAAGGAUGACUUGGUGUCCCAAAGGGUGAGUCUGGGAAAAAGCGUGGGUGAGAUGGACCGUCAACUUCUCAGCAGCUCGUGGUUUCUCAACGAGCCACUUCUUCCGGGAAAUAGUGACCAGUGGUCCACACAGAACUGACUCAGUGACCCCCAGCAAGGCCUUGUCAGGGUUUGGUGUGGUACGUUCUCCAGAAAGAAUGGAACCUGAAGUUUAACCCACAGGUUGAACUUUGCCAAAUAAACUGUCCACAAGA